UUUCAUAUUUAUUCUCAAUUUCCGAAGUAACAUUCAAUAAGGUAUUGUAAUGAUCGGGGUGAGUUCUCUCAUGAGAGGUCCAGUUGAAGUCGACGAGGAUGGGGUAGAAUUUGGGACAAAAUGGACACAUUUUUACGAAUGCAUUUUCAAUAUUAAUAGGUCUUUCAGCCGUUGUGCAGCAAAACACCACACUACGGUUUACAUUCAAGAGCGUAUACUCUGAUUUGAACGAUUUUCACUAACCCCCAGUAAACACGAAACAAUCACGAGGCACUUUGACGUAAAAUGAAUGAAAAUGAGGGACACCUAACCUGAUCAGGUCACAUGAACACAUGGACUCUACCCGAACAUUUCAAGAGAGAUUUCAUCCCGAAACACCACAAGCAUAAAAAGAUUAAUUGAAUAUAGCACGAGUGAUAACUGAAUUAAAACAAAUAACUCUGUGUUGAGUGAUGCAUGAAUCGGGUUCUGUCAUUCCCUCCCCGUAACCUAUCUGCAGUGGCCAAAAAGCUUAUAAAAAAUUAAAAUCAUUAUCAAAUGACUAGCUUUGGCUGGUUGUGAACUGUGCUUCACAUAAAACAAAAUAUAACUACAACGCGAAAUGUUGGGAUACUUUUUUUAACCCCUUAACAGGCAGCCGCUUACAGUGUUUUCACGUAAACUUUUAAACUUUCAAAGAACAUUAAAAACCGCAACACCUACCAUUGCUUUGUUAGGCUGAGAAUCUUCUAUUAACAGGAAAGACUUGGUUGUGAUCUUUUAACGCUCUCAAUACUUUUGGAUUACUUUCUUACAAUGCACUUUCCCAACCGGUCUUCAUUUGUUGUGGCCUAGGCAGGCUACAGUACAGUCCUAAAGUGCUACAGCAGUUAAGGGCGCGGGUUUCCGACUUGCUGGGUGAUGUGUUUCCACCACUAGGGGCGCUACUGUCGGCCAUGUUGACUCGAAAAUUCUGUAUCCGGUGUCAGUUGAUGUCCGUUGUUGUUCAGUAAACCAGGUGGCUUCCGAUUUACUCUCCAAUACUUUAUUCAAAAUAUCCAACCUACAAUAAUCCAUGAAGAAAUAUCCAGCUCCAAAAGAUUCACCAAGAAUACAUUACUGAGGGCGUAGAGUGCAAAGGCUGGAUAACAGUUCUGCCAACGUUAGUAUGUCAUCAUACGCUCUGCUAAUUUUGACGGGGAUUCGUAAAUAUAGUAGGUUUAAGGGAUGGUAAAACUCCAAUCAGUUUAAUGUGUAAAUUUUUUUUUAGUUUGGAACAGUAUUGCAGGUAGUUCCGAAAUAAGUCAAUGUGCUACUAAAUUUAUCAUUGUUUCCGUCGGGCAGUUUAUCAGUUGCCUAUGCACCUACACCUAAGCAUUUCCCGUUGAUUUACCUUUGACUACUUUCACUACAUAAUCUGUAGGUAAAAAAAACAGAGGAAAAUGUUGCCCGCGUCAUGGAAAAGGUGGCGUGCAUCAUUGCACCGUCGUAUUACGGCGCUACGUCAAGAUACCCACUUAAAGAAAGAUUUGCACACCUUGGAUGAAAUUGUUGUUCAAUUCUCCUAUAACACUGAGAGAUACCUACGUUGCACUCACCCAGCAGGAUUUAUGACCGAAGCUGCCCUUCUGCAAUUUCGUGAUGGCAUGACGAGUGCAUUGCAGAGGAUACAACAGGCAGCAUCUUCUAGUGCAUGUAGAAGACUUGGAAUGAUUUUACAAUGCAUGGUGGCCCUGAAGGUUUGCCAACUCAUUGCUGCAACAAGUUGUUAAUUAGAAGACUUCAGGAACUAUGUUUAUACGUGUUUGAAUGUCUAAUAAAACACAUUUUGCCUUAUAUAAGAUACACUAUACAGUAAAUUUGAAACUUCUAUGAUUCCUUUUGCUUUAAGUGUACUUCACGUCGAAUUCCCAGGAGUUUCCCAGGAACCUCCACACGUCGGAAUAGUGUCCUCGGAACCUACGAUUAAAAGUUGAAAGUGACAGCAAACCCCAAGUACAUAAAAGAAACAAUGUGCAAUAACCCAACACUCAUGGCAACAUUUCAUUUUUGAAAACCUUCAAAGUAUAUUGCUGUAUUGCAUUCAAAAAGAAAAUAUUUGAAGUAGGUCAAUAGUUGUAAACACAAUGGAAUCUUGUUUGAAGAGCCUCAAUGUCAUACUUUUAGGA